AUGUCAGCUGCUGCCUCGGGUGCCGUGGAAGUAGACGUCGACGCGAUUAUCUCCAAGCUGCUGGAGGUCCGUGGCUCCAGACCGGGCAAAAGUGUGCAGUUAACCGAAGCAGAAGUUCGGGGACUGUGUCAGAAAUCUCGGGAGAUAUUCAUAGCCCAACCAAUACUUCUAGAACUAGAAGCUCCUAUCAAAAUAUGCGGAGAUAUACACGGCCAGUAUUACGAUCUUCUCCGUCUAUUCGAAUACGGGGGAUUCCCCCCCGAUGCCAACUAUCUCUUCUUAGGUGAUUAUGUGGAUAGAGGAAAGCAAUCAUUAGAGACAAUAUGUCUGUUGCUGGCUUAUAAGAUUAAGUAUCCUGAGAAUUUCUUCUUGUUAAGAGGCAAUCAUGAGUGUGCGUCUAUUAACCGUAUUUACGGUUUCUAUGACGAAUGCAAGAAACGAUAUAAUGUCAAAGUCUGGAGAACGUUCACAGACUGUUUCAAUUGCUUACCUGUGGCUGCUAUUAUUGAUGAGAAGAUAUUCUGUAUGCAUGGUGGCUUAAGUCCUGAACUACAAUCAAUGGAUCAAGUACGCAAGAUCGUUAGGCCAACAGAUGUACCGGAUAGUGGUCUGUUAUGUGAUUUGCUAUGGUCUGAUCCUGAGAAGGAGAUGGCUGGCUGGGGUGAAAAUGAUCGUGGCGUUAGCUACACAUUUGGUCAAGACGUGGUCCAUACUUUCCUAAAGAGACAUGACCUGGACUUGAUUUGUAGGGCACAUCAGGUUGUUGAAGAUGGCUAUGAGUUCUUCGCAAAAAGACAACUUGUCACACUCUUCUCGGCCCCCAAUUACUGUGGAGAAUUCGACAAUGCCGGCGCAAUGAUGAGCGUCGACGAAACACUCAUGUGCUCUUUUCAGAUACUCAAACCAGUUGAGAAGAAACGCUAUAAAUGA